ACAACACACGAGAAUUUGGCUCUAGUUCCUCUCAUCCAUCCACUGAUCACUCCAAGCAAGAAGGAAGGAGAUCGCUCGAGCUAGCAAUGGCUCCAAUGGCGCUCAAGGGUGUUGCGGCGAAGGAGGCGCCGGCUAAGGGCGCGUACGUGACGUUCCUCGCCGGCUCCGGCGACUACUGGAAGGGUGUGGUGGGCCUCGCCAAGGGCCUCCGCGCCGUCAAGUCGGCCUAUCCGCUGGUGGUGGCCGUGCUCCCCGACGUCCCCGAGGACCACCGCCGCACGCUGGUCGACCAGGGCUGCGUCGUCCGCGAGAUCGAGCCCGUGUACCCGCCGGAGAGCCAGACCCAGUUCGCCAUGGCGUACUAUGUCAUCAACUACUCCAAGCUCCGCAUCUGGGAGUUUGUUGAGUACGAGAGGAUGGUGUACCUGGACGCCGACAUCCAGGUGUUUGACAACAUCGACCACCUGUUCGACCUGGAGGCGGGCAGUUUCUACGCUGUCAAGGACUGCUUCUGUGAGAAGACCUGGAGCCACACGCCGCAGUACAAGAUCGGCUACUGCCAACAGUGCCCCGACAGUGUGUCGUGGCCGGAGAGCGACCUCGGCGUGCCACCGCCGCCGCUCUACUUCAACGCCGGCAUGUUCGUGCACGAGCCCAGCCUCGCCACUGCCAAGGCCCUCCUCGAGAAGCUCGUCGUCACCGACCCGACCCCCUUCGCCGAGCAGGAUUUUCUCAACAUGUUCUUCAACGACGUGUACAAGCCCAUCCCGAACGUCUACAAUCUGGUGCUGGCCAUGCUCUGGAGGCACCCCGAGAACGUGGAGCUCGGCAAGGUUAAGGCCGUGCACUACUGCGCUGCCGGUUCGAAGCCUUGGAGGUUCACCGGCGAGGAGGCGAACAUGGACAGGGAGGACAUCAAGAUGCUGGUCAAGAAGUGGUGGGACAUCUACAGCGACGAGAGCCUAGACUUCAAGGGCGCCGACGCCGGCGAGGUCACCGACCCGCUUGGUGCGGCUCUCGCCGAGGCCUGGGCCGGCAAGUACUUCCCUGCGCCGUCCGCCGCAUAGACCCGUUGCUUGCAUGCCGACCGGCGUUGGCGCACACGGCAUGUUGGCGCUCAAUCAAGCGUCAUAAUUAAGAUUACAAUCGAAUGCAUAUAGGGUUUUUGCCGAAAGGAAAUAAUAUGUGGACAGAUCUGCACGUUUUGGUGUUGUAGAUCUAUCGAGCAGUAUGCUAGUGUAUUUUUGGUUUGCAAGAGUAGGACAAGUUUGUAAAUACGUGCAUGCAUGCACAUGUUGCUCUAACUAUAUGGUUGAAACCUAAGUUUAUAUAUAUAAUAUUUUCUCCAUUUCAAAUUA